AUGGGCGGGAAAAAUGUCAGAGAAGUCUUAGCGCAUGUGAUAGAUCCUAUCGAGUCAAUAUUUUCUCUCUCUCUCUCUCUUUCUUUCUUUCUUACUCUUUCUGUCUUUCUUUCUCACUCUCUUCCUUUUUUAAUUCUUUCUUUCUUACUUUCUUUCUUUCUCUUUUUCUUUUUUUCUUUCUUUCUCUCUCUCUAUCUCUUUCUUUCUCUCUUUAUUUCAUUUUUCUUUAUUUAUUUAUUUAUUUCUCUCUUUCGUUCUUUCUUUCUCUCUCACUUUCUUUCUUUUUCCUCUCUCUCUCUUUCUUUCUUUCUUUUUCUUUUCUUUCUUUCUUUUUCUUUCUUUCUUUCUUACUCUUUCUGUCUUUCUUUCUCUCUCUCUUCCUUUUUUCAUUCUUUCUUUCUUUAUUUAUUUAUUUCUUUUUUACCUCUCUCUUUCUUUCUUUCCCUCUUUCGUUUUUUCUUUCUUUCUCUCUAUCUCUUUCUUUCUCUCUUUAUUUCAUUUUUCUUUAUUUAUUUAUUUAUUUCUCACUUUCGUUCUUUCUUUCUCUCUCACUUUCUUUCUUUUUCCUCUCUCUCUAUUUCUCUCUCUCUCUCUCUCUCUCUCUCUCUCUCCCUUAAGAUGUCACUGAACCAGUUUGUUCUUCAUUCACCUUGUUUCAUAGCCCAGGCUAACCUGUACGCGAUGUAA